GCCCCGUUAGAGUGACUCCUUCCUCACCUCGUGGUUGCCGCGUACCUGUAGCUGCUGGGAGUUCUUGCUGCCAGCUGGCAGCCAUGAACGAAUGGAUGAGGAAAGGCCCCUUAGAAUGGCAAGAUUACACGUACAAAGAAGUCAAAGUGACAGCCAGUGAGAAGGAGUAUAAAGGAUGGGUUUUAACCACAGACCCAGUUUCUGCCAAUAUUGUCCUUGUGAACUUCCUGGAAGAUGGCAGCAUGUCUGUGACUGGAAUUAUGGGCCAUGCUGUGCAGACCGUUGAAACUGUGAACGAAGGGGACCACAGAGUCAGAGAGAAGCUGAUGCAUUUGUUCACGUCUGGAGACUGCAAGGCCUACAGCCCUGAGGAUCUGGAGAAGAGAAGGAAUAGCCUAAAGAAAUGGCUCGAGAAGAACCACAUCCCCAUCACAGAACAGGGAGAUUCACAAAGGACUCUGUGUGUGGCUGGGGUUCUGACUAUAGACCCGCCCUAUGGUCCAGAAAAUUGCAGCAGUUCUAAUGAGAUUAUUCUGUCCCGUGUUCAGGAUCUUAUUCAAGGACAUCUUGCAGCUUGCCAGUGAGAGGCCGAGAAUUGUGGAUUCAUCGAUUGAAAUAACACUUCAUUUUUAUUUUUUCCUUCAUAAAAUGUUUUGAAUGUUAAAUCCACGAUAUUAUAAGACCUCAAAGCCACACAGUUGAGAGUGUGUGUGUGUGUGUGUGUGUGUGUGUGUGUGUUUGAGUUUUAAUUUUCUGUUGUUUUGGAAAAAUCAAGUGGAUUUGGCUGUGGAUUAUAAGUGUUAAUAAAUAAGCGAACUAUGGCAAGGUUAGCCUCACAUGCAACAAAAUAGCACAAGGACAAAAAAAAAAUAGCACAAGGACGUUAGAAUUCUGUCUUUUUUGGUGGGAAAACACCUCCAUUUUUGUUAGGCAAGAAAUGUAUUGGGAACUAACGCAGCAUGUUAGAGUCAAUAUAAAAAGUCUUAUUAAGUCCUUUGCCCUAACUGCGUGUGUCUGUUUUAAAAAUAUUUAUUUAUUGUGUAAGGAUGAAACUGCUUUUGAAUCAGAAUAUGUUGGGAUAUAUGCUUUUUUGAUCGAAACUUGAAAAGUUUUAACUAUUUGUAAAAUCUUAACACAUAAACUGUGUAACUUUCAAAGCCUU